CACCGCGCGCGCGAUUGGCGGCCCGCGCUGUGCGAUGUCCGCAGCGUCGACUGUGCGUGGGACGUCGUGCCCAUGACGCUGCGGUACCCGAACCCAGCGCACAGUGGGGAGACAUACGGCGUGCGGCCCGCGCCGGGGCACCGUUGGUGGUAUGUGCAUGGGAUGUGGACAGACGUGUUUGUGCUGAUCAAG